AUGUCAGAUAUUCGUAGUAAAAGUCAUAGUCUAUCUCAUAUUUAUGAACAUGAUGGAUUUAGUAAUUAUUCUUUAAAUCAAUUAAAAUUGGAUAAAAAAACAAAACAAUCUGUUUAUUAUAUGUGUCAUGUUUGUAUAUUAAAACGUAAAGAAGUAAAUUUAAAUGAUGAAUUAACACAAGAUAAAGCAGAAUAUCUUAUUGAAAGUAGUUUGAAUAAACGUUUAGCACAUUGUAAUUUAUAUUGUUUACAAGAUCAAAUACGUUUUGAAAAGUCGAAACAAUGUGGUACAAAUCCACCAAGAAGAUUUAUAUUAUAUAAACAUAUUAAAUGUAUAUAUAUUUCUGAAAGUAAACCAUAUACUUUUAUAUUAUGUACAGAAUUUGAUAAAUCUAAGCAUCGAAUCUAUGAAGUUUAUAAAUGUAAAUUAUCACAAGAUGUUAAAAUGCUUUAUGUAUUAUUACAGAAAGCUUUAAAAGAUAAAGAAUUUUUAUUAAGAGAAGAAUUAAAACAUCCAAAAGUAUCUAUUGGAUUACAAUGUUGUCUAAUUUAUGAUACAACUAUGAAUACUGCUUCUAAUAUCAAUAAUUCUAUAUAUGAAGGUAAUAUCCAUUACAACAACAAUAUUAAAAGACAAUUAUUUAUGCCAGUUAGUAGAUCAUUGUCUAGAACUAAAUUUACUGGUGUUACUUCAAAUAUUUAUGAAGAACAUUCUAAUGAAUUGAUUCAAAAACAACCUAUCACUUCAACUUCACCAUCUAGAUAUUCUAAUCAUUCAAUGGAAUUAUUACAAAAAUUGAAUAGUUCCUACAAUCCAGAUGGUGAAUAUAAUAAUAAUAAUGCCUGGCAUAAAUCUUUAAUAUUAUUACAGACGGAUUUUAUAAGAGGUCCUCGAAUAAAUGACAUUGGUCCUAUUUACAUGUUUGUAGCAAGACAACUUAAAUAA